CAAUCCCAUACAAGUAGAAUUGAAUUCUAAUUGAAUUACACAAAAUUUUAGGAAUUGAAAUUGAAUCAAACACGGUGGUGGUGGCUAAGAGUUCAUCUCCCUCCUCUUCAAUUUCAUAAGCCUUUCCGAUCAUCCUCUCCAUUCCUUCCUCUCUCCCUCAAAACUGGGGAUCUUAUGUGCAAGCCUCUGUUUUCGGUGGAUUUAAGGCUCUAUCCUUUUACAAAUCUCUCUACUUGUGGGAAGUGUGCUCUGUCCUUCAAUUUUUCAGCUAUUUUGCUUAGGACUCUCAUCAACAAAACCAAUAUCUACCAUGGCUGUUGAUUAUUUUUCCAAGCAUUUGGUGUUCAACAUCUUGUUCAAAUUACCCGUUAGAAGUGUUGUUAGAUUCAGGUGCGUUUGCAGAUCUUGGUGUGCUCUCUUUUCUGAUCCUAAUUUUAUAUAUAAAAACCUACUCUCUUGUUCUGAUUCUACAACCAAUUCCCAAAUCCUUGUCAAAUAUGAUGAUUAUAGGUUUGAAUAUAUGGCUUUUUGUUUUCUUUGCAAUGAUACAUUUGACAUGUCUCCCCCACAAGAAAUUCCAUAUCCUCAUGAUAUAAUGGAAAAAUGCUCUUUCGUUGACAUCGUGGGUUCUUGCUGUAAUGGUGUAAUUUGCCUCCGUGAUGGAUAUUUCUUUGAGGAUUUGCUUCGGUUAUGGGAUGAUGUUUACAAGUACGAGAGUAAUAUUGUUCUAUGGAACCCAACUACUUCUGAAACUAAGAUACUACCUCAAUCCAAUCUUUCACAUCCUCCACCUGAACGGUUUUCACUGGAAAUUGUAGAAUUUGGAUUUGACUCCACAACAUGUGAUUACAAAGUACUCAGGAUUUUUGAGUAUUUCACUCGUGAUAAACAAUAUGAUUACCUGGCGGAGAUCUAUAGUCUGAGGGAUGAUACUUGGAGAAAACUUGAUGUCUCUCUGAAUUCUUGGGAGUUGCCUAGUUAUAAGUUCGAAAAUGGCGACUCUGAUUAUAAUUAUGAUCAUAGAGCUCAUACGGGUGCAAAUGGAACAUUUCAUUGGUGCGCAAAAGAGAGAGACCAUAGUCGAGACUUAAUUGUUUCUUUCGACUUGAGCAAUGAGGUUAUCAAAACAACAGCUCUACCAGAUGCUUUCAGUUCUCGCUAUUUUUGGCGGACAAUUCUUUGCUUGAAUGAGCAUGUUGCUUUGUCUCUGUCUACUGAUCAUCAUGUGGAGUUGUGGGUAUUGCUUGAAUAUGGAGUUGAAGAGUCUUGGACUAAAUUAUUUACCGUAGCAAAGCCAGAAUGUUUGGAGAUGUCUCUGCCAUUAGGAUUUUCAAGGAAGGGCGAGCUAUUUUUCUCAUCGUGGAAUGAACACUUCCUCGUAUGGAACCCUCCUGAAGAAACAAUUAGCCCUGUUCGUUUAGAAGGAGCAGUACAUACAAGCAUUUACUUGCAAGCUGUCCCUUGCAUGGAGUCCCAUACUUCAUUGAAGGGUUGCAACAAAUUAGAAGAUGAGCAAAAUUCUGGAGAUGCAGCUCAAUGUUGAAGCUCCUUAAUUUCAUCAGAGCUCUUGUGCUUCUUCUCAUCAAUUACAACUGAUAUAAAGUUUUAAUACUUUUAUUAAUAUGUUGCUUAUGUAUUCAGUUCAUGUUGUGUUUGAUACAAUUGGUAGAACUGAAAUCAGUUAAUAAAGGACAUUUUCUUCUUUGUUUACU